ACCACGUAUUCUUUCUUCUUCUUCUUCUCCUUUGAGCUUGUCUUUCUUUUCCUUCUACCCACUCCUUAUCGAACCGACGAAGAAAAUAUGGCUGAAGGUGCGCUCUUCAGUAUUGCGGGGAAAAUAAUUGAGAAACUAGGUGGCCUAGCUGCUCAGGAGGUUGCACUAUGCUGGGGGGUCAAAGAUCAAUUAAUGAAGCUCAAUGGCACACUUACCAGGAUUAAGGCUGUGAUUUUAGAUGCUGAGGAGAAGGCACAAAAACAUAACCAUCAAAUCAAAGACUGGCUCGAGAAGCUGGGGGGAGCUGUAUAUGAUGCAGAGGAUUUGCUGGACGAUUUUACAACAGAAAUUCAGCAGAAACAGUUGAUGCCUGGUAAUAAAGUAUCGAGGGAGGUACGCAUUUUCUUCUCAAAAUCAAACCAAUAUGUGUAUGGUUCACGAAUGGGUCAUGAAGUUAAAGCACUUCGGGAGAAACUAGAUGCCAUCGAUGCUGACCGUAAACGAUUCAACCUUGAUAUUCGGGAUGACGAGACAGAUUUUUUGACUACGGACGGGAGGCAAACUACCUCCUCUGAACCUGAAGUAAUAGUUGGAAGAGAAGGUGACAAAUUGGCUGUUAAAACUUUUCUGCUGAAUUCCAACUACAAUGAAAACGUUUCUGUCGUCUCCAUAGUUGGAAUAGGUGGGUUGGGGAAGACCACACUAGCUCAACAUGUUUUCAAUGAUGAGCAAGUUAAGGCGCAUUUUGGUGAGAGACGUCUGUGGGUAAGUGUCUCAGGUGUCUUGGGUAAAGAUUCUGAUCAGUUAGAGAGUCUGAAAAAUGAGUUAAAAAAGAUCAUUGAAAAAAAGGAGAAAAAUGAAGAAAAUAAUUAUCUUCUUGUAUUAGAUGAUGUGUGGGAUAGUGGUGUGGAUGGUCGAGAUGCUGAAAAAUGGGAUAAUUUGAAGCAGGGGUUACCGCGUGAUGCAGUAGGAAGCAAGAUAAUUGUAACUACACGUUCUGAAGUAAUUGCAAAAUUCACAAGCACAAUAGAUCGACAUGUUUUAAAAGGUCUAUCAGAUGAUGAGUCAUGGGAUCUGUUUAGAAGAAAGGCAUUUCGUCAAGACGAACUGUCGGGUCAUGUAGAUGACAAAAUUAGAGAAGAGAUUGUAAGGAGGUGUUGUGGAGUUCCUUUGGUAAUAAAGACAAUUGCGAGGUUGAUGUCUUUGAAAGAUAGAGCCCUGUGGAGUUCCUUUAUACGAAAUGAACUUCCAGAUCCGAUUAUAGAUGAAAACAUCAUACAGACCUUUAUGUUAAGCUACAAUGCUCUUCCAUCAUAUAUGAAGCCUUGUUUUGCAUACUGUAGCUUAUUCCCAAAAGGUCAUAGGAUUGAUGUGAAAUCAUUGUUUCAACUUUGGAUUGCACAAGGGUUCAUUAGGUCUUCAAAUUCGGUUGACUCUGGAGAAUCGGUUGCUCUUAUGUGCUUUGAGAGUUUAUUGUGGAGGUCCUUCUUUCAGGAAGUUGAAAAGGAUAAUUUAGGUAACAUAAAAAGUUGCAAAAUGCAUGAUUUUAUGCAUGAUCUUGCAACCCAUGUCGCUGGUUUUGAGAGCACCAAAGUAGAGCUCGGAGGAAAUGGAAUUAAUGAUUCGACUCGGCACGUGUCAUUUGACAUGGAAUUGGAUUUGUUACAACAAAUUCGAAUUCUGUUGCCUUGUGCAAAACGUCUAAGAACACUUAUAUUGCAAGGUGGCACAUGGUGGGAUGAGGGGGCAUGGGAGUAUAUUUGUCGAAAGUUUGGGCAUUUACGUGUGCUUGUUUUGCAUGAAUUAGGAAUUCACAAAGUGUCACCUCUCAUUGAAAAUCUCAAGCACCUUAAAUAUCUUGAUCUUUCAUAUAAUCAGAUGGAGGAACUUCCUAAUUCUAUCACCAAUCUGGUAAAUUUGCAAGUGCUCAAGCUCAAUGGGUGUGAGGAACUUAAGAGACUACCAAGAGAUAUGAGUAAGCUGAUUAAUCUGAGGCAUCUUGAUGUUGGUUGCUCUUUGGCUGAUGAUUUAUGUGGCUUGGAGUAUAUGCCUCGUGGGAUUGGGCAAUUAACUUCUCUACAGACGUUGUCAUGUUUUGUGGUUGCAAAAAAUAGUAGUCAUAAAUCUAAGAUGGUUGGUGGAUUGGAUGAGUUGAAAAGGUUAAAUGAGUUGAGAGGGAGCCUAGAAAUAAUUGUUGUUGAAUAUGAUAGCAAUUCCUGGAUAUCAGAAUGUAAAGGAGCUAAAUUGAUAGAUAAACAACAUCUUCAGUCGUUGACCAUAAGGUGGCGGGGCCCAGAGCGGGAUAGUAAUUCAGAUAUUAAUUUGAAUGAUGAAACGUUGCAAAACCUCCAGCCAAACUUGAAUCUUCAAGAGUUGAAAGUGGUAAGGUAUGGAGGUAUGAGGUUUCCAAGUUGGCUUUCACGUCUCUCAAAUCUUGUAGGGAUUCAUCUAGAAGACUGUCCAAGACUUGAGCAUAUCCCUCCCUUACAUGGAAUCCUUUCUCUUGAAGCAUUGUUUAUUGACGAUAUGAGAAGUUUGGAGUACAUAGAUAGUGAGGGGGUUGGAGGAAAAGGAGUGUCGACGUUUUUCCCAUCGUUAAAGAAACUUGAGCUCGGUUUUUGUGGUAGUCUGAAGGGAUGGUGGAAGAAGAGUAGUGAUGAGAUAAAUGAUGAUAGUGAUGAGAUAAUGCUCUGUUUUCCAAGUCUUUCUUCCUUAAAAAUAGGAUGGUGUCCAAAUCUGACUUCAAUGCCGUUGUUUCCAACUCUCGAUAUACUUGAUUUGCGGUGCACUAGUUCAAUGCCGUUGCAGCAGACAAUGAAGAUGACAGCACCAGUCUCUUCCUCUUCUUCUUCCUCUAUAGACACUUUUAUCCGUCCACUCUCCAAAUUGAAAGAACUACUUAUUUUUUCAGUUGAGGAUAUGGAAUCUCUUCCAGAAAUAGGGCUGCAAAAUCUCUCUUCUCUUCAACAGCUAGUAAUCAUUUUAUGCUCAAGAUUGAAGUCUCUGCCACUGCCUGAUGAGGGGAUGCCUUCUCUUCAGAUUUUAAAUAUCUGUGUAUGCAAAGAAUUAAAGAGUCUAUCUCAAUCUGAAUCUCAAGGGGUGAUACCCUACCUUUCCUCUUUGGAACAUUUAAGAAUCUCGUCCGUGACUGAAGAGUUGAGUGGAAGAAUAAGAGGAUGGGGAAAGGAGAGUAUGGAGGAGUGGCCUAUCAUUGAACACAUUCCAAAUAUUGUAAUUGAUGAAUACUACAUUCAAAAGGACGGUCGCUAUGUAAAGGAGGACGAAAUAACUUACUAGGAUGAUUAGAGCUUUUCACAAUAUUGCAAUUGACAACUACUACAUUCAAAUGGAUGGUUGCUAUGUAAAGGAGGAGGAGGAAAUAUUUGACGGUUAGAGCUUGUUCGCCGUGUGGCUAAUAUUCUUAAAUAUCAAGGCCAUUAGCAAGCUUCUUUGAGAUUACUUAUCAUUUUACAGAUGAUGAUGCUUUGUCACGUUCAGAAUUUCACAAUACAGGGUGCAGUCCCAUAACAUUGAAGCAGAUAAGCCCAGCUUCAAAUUCCGUGAUGAAAAGUCAAAUUGCAUUCUCAAC